GAUCUCUUCUCUUCCCUUUCCUGUUGGAGCUCUGAGAUUCAUCGAGAGAUCAAGGAGAAGAGUGAUGAAGGAGACCACGGCGUUCGGUCGCCGGACGCGAAACCGACGCCCUAAGACAAAUUCCCGCGCCGAAGCUCUGGAGCGCCUCAAGGCCAUCCGCAAGCGCCGCUCGGAUCCAUCUGGCGCCGCCCCUAGCUACCAGAUCAAGAUGGAAGCCCCUAUCUUUGACACGGUCCCCGAGGAGGAGUAUGCUGCUCUGAUGGUGCGCCACCGGGAGGAGACCCGUGACUUCAUCGUUGACGAUGAUGGGCUGGGAUACGCCGAUGAGGACCUGGAGGAAGAGUGGUCCCGCCCUCCUGACUCCUUCUCAUCCGAUGAGGGUUAUCCACCCUCUAAUGAUGGAUUGAAACCUCGGAAUAAGUGGAACACCAAGAAGGAGCCCAUACCGAAGAAACCCCAGCCAUCAUCUCUUUCGGCUGCUUUGGUGGGAAAGGAAAGUCUGCCAUCAAUGUUUACCUCCUCAGUUUUCAAGAAGUAUAAGAGGACGAAGGGCAUGGGUUUGCCAUCUGACAACAUUGUGGAUGAGGUGCUUGCGGAGUUCGCACCAGAUGAGACUGAUCGGGAGGAGUCGAGACGCAGGCACAUGAUUUAUGGUGGUCGAUGUUCCUUCACACCAGCUCAAAACAGCAGUGAGUUGCCACUGGCUGCUGCAGAUCAGAAGAAGGAUGAUCAAACGGAGUUAGUGAAGGAAGAAGAGGUUUUGGGCCCAAAGCUUGAUUCAGAGAGCAGUGGCAGGGUGGCCGAGAUGAAGGAUGUCAAUGAAGAAAUCAAAGCGGAGGCUGCAGGGAGUGAAAUUGUUGGUCUCGGAGCACUGUUAGAUUCAGAUGGGUCACUACCUUUUUAUGUAAUUGAUGCCUCUGAGGAGCCUUUUGGUGCUAAUGCAGGCACCUUGUACCUGUUUGGAAAGGUCAAGGAGGGUACUACAUAUCAAAGUUGUUGUGUGGUUGUAAAGAAUAUGAAAAGAUGUGUUUAUGCUGUUCCGAAUGGAGCUGUAUUUCCAAGUAGCAAGAUAAUGGAAUUUGAGGAGAACAUUGCCAAUUCCAAGGCUUCACCAGCAGAUUUUCAUACAACUUUGCAAGAGAUGGCAGCCGGAUUAAAGAGUGAAGUCACCAAGAGAUUACGGGAUCUCAAUGUAUUCAAUUUUAGUAUGAUGAUUGUUAAGCGAAACUAUGCUUUUGAACGUACUGAUAUACCUAGAGGGGAACAAUAUGUCCUUAAGAUCAAUUAUCCAUUCAAGGAUCCACCGUUGCAAACAGACUUGAAAGGAGAACAUUUCCUUGCACUAUUAGGUACAAACUCCAGUGCUCUGGAAUUGUUUUUGAUUAAAAGAAAAAUCAAAGGGCCUUGUUGGCUAUGGAUUUCAAGAUUUGCAUGUUGUCUAGCUUCUCAAAAGGUCAGUUGGUGCAAAUAUGAAGUGGUAGUUGAUUGCCCAAAGGACUUGCAUGUUUCUGUUUCAAAGGGCGCUCUAGAAAUUCCUCCUGUAAUUGCUGCGGCCAUAAAUUUGAAAACCAUUAUUGGGGAGAAGCAUACCAUGAAUGAAAUAGUGUCUGGUUCUAUUAUCUGUUGUCACAAGGCAAAGAUUGAUAGCCCCAUGUCAGCUGAGGAAUUGGAGAGACCAGGCAUGCUCAGCAUUUUCACUGCUGUCCGCCACCUUGGAGGCAUUUUUCCAAUGGGCUUUGUAAAAGAAGCUGAUGAUAGAAAUUCAGAGGCUGGAUCUACUGUAUUGGCAUUGGAAAGCAGUGAAAGGGCCUUGUUAAAUCGCUUGGCGGUUGAAUUGCACAAAUUGGAUUGUGAUGUUCUUGUUGGCCACAACAUUUCUGGCUUUGAUCUUGAUAUAUUUCUACACCGAGCACAGGUUUGCAAGGUACCCAAUGCUGGGUGGUCUAGGAUUGGUCGUUUGAAGCGCUCUGUUAUGCCUAAACUAAUGAAAGAAAAUUCCCGUUAUGGUUUUGGGCCAAGUCCAGGUAUCAUGUCUUGCAUUGCAGGUCGGCUCUUAUGUGAUACCAAUACAUGCUCACAGGAUUUGUUGAGGGAGGUGAGCUAUUCUUUGACACAACUAGCAGAGUCACAGCUGAAAAAAGACAGGAAAGAGAUUGCUCCUCUUGAUGUUCCGGCCAUGUUCCGCAUGUCAAGCUCCCUUUUUGAAUUAGUUGACUGUGGAGAGAAUGAUGCCAGGUUGUCUCUUGAACUGAUGUUUCAUCUGAAUGUUCUUCCCCUCACCCGGCAGCUUACCAAUAUUAGUGGCAACCUUUGGGGGAAAACCCUCCUGGGUGCUAGAGCACAAAGGGUUGAGUACCUCUUGUUGCACUCUUUUCAUGCAAAAAAGUACAUGGUCCCGGAUAAGAAUUCUGCCCGUAAUAAAGAGAUUAAUACAACAAAGCGCAGAAUUAAUGUUGCAGCGGAGGGGGGUGAUGAUGAUAAUUUAAAUGUUGAUUCCAUGCCUCCGGAGGGUGGAGAUAUUAAGCAAGGAAAAGGAAAAAAAGGCCCUGCUUACGCUGGUGGGUUGGUAUUGGAACCAAAAAAGGGUUUAUAUGACAAAUAUGUAUUGCUCUUAGACUUCAACAGCCUGUAUCCGUCUAUCAUUCAGGAGUUCAACAUCUGCUUUACUACAGUUGAGCAUUCUUCUGAUGGCACGAGCACCAAUCUAUCAUAUUUAGUAUCCGUCGGAGUUCUACCUGAGUUGUUAAAAAAUUUGGUUGAAAGAAGAAAAUUGGUCAAGUCUUGGCUCAAGAAUGCUUGUGGUCUUAAAGCCCAACAACUUGAUAUUCAGCAACAAGCAUUAAAACUUACAGCAAACAGUAUUUAUGGUUGCUUGGGCUUUUCAAAUUCAAGAUUUUAUGCAAAACCACUUGCAGAGCUCAUAACACUUAGAGGAAGGGAGAUCCUGCAAAGUACUGUGGAUUUAGUUCAGAACCACUUGAACUUGGAGGUAAUUUAUGGGGAUACAGAUUCUAUUAUGAUCUAUACUGGACUAGAUGACAUAAACAAAGCCAAGACAAUUGCCGCGAAAGUCAUUCAAGAGGUCAACAAGAAAUAUGGUUGCUUAGAGAUUGACCUUGAUGGUUUGUAUAAGAGAAUGCUUCUUCUCAAGAAGAAGAAAUAUGCUGCUGUGGAAGUGCAAUCUGAGAAUGGGAUUCCCAAAGAGGUUAUCGAUUGCAAGGGUGUUGAUAUUGUUCGGCGAGACUGGUGUGAGCUAUCAAAAGACAUCGGAAACUUCUGCCUCAAGAAGAUAUUAUCUGAAAGGUCCUGUGAAGAUGUUGUGGAGUUGAUUCAUAGUUAUCUUGUGAAGGAACAAGAACAGAUUAGAAAAGGUGAAAUACAGCUUGAAAAAUAUGUUAUUUGGAAGACGUUAACGAAACCACCAGAGGACUAUCUUGAUGCAAAAAACCAACCUCAUGUUCAGGUUGCCCUAAGAUUGAAGCAAAAUGGUUAUCCUGGUGGCUUUGCUGGUGAUACAGUUCCUUAUGUAAUCUGCUGUCAGAGGGAAUCGAAUUCUGGUUCCUCCACUGGGAUAGCUCAAAGAGCUAGACAUCUCGAUGAAUUAAACAGAGACAGUGGCAAUUGGCUGAUUGACAUCAACUAUUACUUAUCACAGCAGAUAUAUCCUGUGGUGUCACGUUUAUGUGCUUCCAUUCAAGGCACUAGCCCGGGACGUUUAGCUGAUUGUCUUGGGCUAGAUUCAUCCAAGUACCAAUACAAUGCUGCUGAAUCUGCUGGCAAAGGCUCCAUUGCUUUGCUUUCUGUGUUGGAUGAUGACAAGAGGUAUUCUGGGUGUGUGCCUCUUAGGUUGUCAUGCCCCAGAUGCUCAAGCUCCUUUGACUGCCCCCCAGUAUCCAGUUUACUGUCUACUUCAAGCAAUAGAAACCAAUCAGGGUCACAAUCAGAAAAUGAGGCACUAAACUUCUGGCGCACAAUGCGUUGCCCCAGAUGCCCGGGUGAUGUUGGUUGUAGAUUUUCUCCUGCCAUGAUUGCCAACCAGGUCAAAAGGCAAGCUGAUGGUUUCACAUCCAAGUAUUAUAGGGGCUUGAUGAUGUGUGAUGAUGAAUUGUGCAAGCACACCACUGGCAGUAUAAAUUUACGUGUAAUAGGUGAUGCAGAAAGAGGGACUGUUUGCCCAAACUACCCUUCUUGCAAUGGCCAUCUCAUUAGGCAGUACACUGAAGCUGAUCUAUACAAACAAUUUUCCUAUUUCUGCUACAUUCUGGAUUCUAAGCGGUUUCUUGAGAAGCUGGAGCUAAAGAACAGAGCACCAUUUGAAAAGAAACUAGCUGCGAUCAGACCAGCCGUUGAACAGCCAUCUUCAGUGAUACACAAGAUCAGAAACCGUUGUGCUUAUGCUUGGGUUUCACUUGGAGAUCUUUCGGUCUCAAUAUAAUUUCACAACCCUUUUAUGGUUUAACUUAUUCAAUGGAUCCAUCAAGUCUCUUACUAGUUGUUUAAAAUUUUCAUAUAUU